CUGCGAUAUCACUUCAACUGCUCAAGCGCAAUUUUCGUCCCAUUUACCGUGUUAGUGACUUUAGUCAUGGGCAUGCGGGCUGUGUUUGGCUCGGUGCUCGUCCUAUUUAUCUUUGUGGGUGGUAUUUCUUCUCGGAUCCGCACCAACCAGUGGCUAGUACGACUUCACACGGAUGGCGUAGAAAAUCGUGAUGUUAUGCGGUCACGCGCCAAGCAAAUUGCCGAGGAGACUGGUUUCAAACCUUGGCUUGUAGAUCACGAUCAUUACUUUAAUCCCAAUGAAUUCCUGUUUCUUCAACCAGCCUUGUCUAAACCGAGCAAAUCCCUCCACGAAAUUCUGGUCCGCCAUCCAGACGUUGAGAGCGCGGAGCAGUUGAGGGGUUACAAAAGAACCAAGCGUGGAUUUAGACCUAUCGAAAAGACUAAUUCAAGGAAAGGUGCUUCUGGACGCCUUCUGACACCCACUGAGUCAGAAAUCAUUCGAAGCCUUUCCUCAGAUCCACUCUUCCGAAGGGAGUGGUACAUCCACAACACCGGCCAAGCCGGGGGAACACCUGGACUCGACUUGAAUGUUCUUUCUGCAUGGGCCCAGAAUAUCACCGGUCGUGGGGUGACUACAGCAAUCAUGGACGAUGGAAUUGAUUACCUUCACCCGGACAUUGCACCAAACUAUGCGGCCGAGGCUAGCUACGAUUUCUCUGGAAACGACGCCUUCCCAUAUCCACGGUACACAGAUGAUUGGUUUAACUCUCAUGGAACUCGAUGUGCUGGAGAAGUGGCAGCUGUCGCGGGAAACGGGGUGUGUGGUGUCGGUGUGGCACCAAAUUCUCGUGUCGCAGGUCUUCGGAUGCUUGAUCAGCCUUACAUGACGGAUCUGAUUGAGGCAGCUGCCAUGUCUCAGGCCAGGGAUAUAAUCGAUAUUUACUCUGCCAGCUGGGGACCUACGGACGAUGGUAAAACUGUGGACGGGCCCAGAAAUCAAACCAUGCAGGCAAUUGUUGAUGGCGUAAACAAGGGUCGUCGGGGUAAGGGAUCUCUCUAUGUCUGGGCUUCAGGAGACGGUGGACCGGAAGACGAUUGCAACUGUGAUGGCUACGCUGCGUCCAUGUGGACGAUCUCCAUCAACUCAGCUACCAACGAUGGCCAAACUGCCAGCUACGACGAGUCGUGCGCUUCAACGCUCGCGUCCACAUUCUCAAAUGGCAAAUCCAUGCUCAGUCUUGAUACGGGGGUCGGCACCAUCGACCUCUACGGCAACUGCACUCUCCACCAUUCGGGUACUUCAGCAGCCGCUCCUGAAGCCGCGGGAGUUCUCGCCCUAGCCCUCGAAGCUAAUCCUGAACUGACAUGGCGUGACAUGCAGCACUUGAUAGUGCUCACUUCAAAACGCAACCACCUCUACGACAGAGAGGGCACUCACAACUGGACCAUAAAUGGCGCCGGCUUGGAGUUCAACCACCUCUUCGGAUACGGCGUUCUAGAUGCCGGUGAUAUGGUGAGGAUUGCAAAGCUCUGGAAGACGGUGCCU